AUGGCUGCAGCACCAGUCGACUUUCUUGGUGCUGCUCGGCACUCUCGCUCUCCUAGUCCCACUGAUGAAGAUCUGUUUGACAAAGCCAUCGCAGGUCUGGCAGACUUCGAUAUGGAUGGUGAACAGGCCAAAACCCCUAUGGACAACAAUGAAAAGGGUAGUAGGUCCCACACGACCAAGUUCGAAGGAGUACUAGGCAAGCGUCCUCGUGGAACAUCUGACAGUGACCACAAUGCCAAUGGGCAAGUUCGCAAAACUGUCAAAAUCCAGGCAAGUACUAGUCGCAAACCGAUUCGUGCAAAAGCCAGUGAUUUUCAAGUUGAGGAGGACAAGUAG